UUUGCGCAUUUACCUCUUUUUUUUUCCUCCCUUCCUUCUCAUAUCUUUGAUUCCGAUCUUGAUUCUGAUCUGGUUAUUGAUCCCAGUUUUGCGAUCCCUCGAUUGUGUUUUUUUGCUCGCGAUGGCAGAUGAGGAGGUUGUUGACCAGAAGAAGUGCCUUGAGGAAUCUUGCAAGCCCAAAUGUGUGAAAUCUCUACUUGAGUAUCAGGCAUGUGUGAAGAGGAUCGAAAGCGACGAGACGGGGCACAAACAUUGCACUGGGCAGUACUUUGAUUACUGGCAUUGUAUUGACAAUUGUGUUGCACCUAAACUGCUUGCAAAACUAAAAUGACCAGGCUUGAGUUGUCUCCCUCUUCCAUGGUUUAUAUUAACUGAACCAAGUGCUGUUUGGUUUUUUUUGUUUCUCAUACUAUUUUUGCACAUUCAUUUUCUUUCUUUUUUUUUUGGCUGCCGUUGAUGUAAACUUUCGAGUUUGUGAUAUCACUACAAUAUGAAAUAAGAGAGAAGACCCCGCGUCUUGAUCUGAACCAA